AUGGUGACACAGAGCAGUCGCGCGGCUGGUGCGACUGAUCCCUGGGAGGCUCCUAUGAAGGGCAUUGACAACAUAGGGAAUACAUGCUUUGCUAAUUCGGUUCUCCAGUGCCUGUUUAGAAUACCCUUGUUUGUUCGUUAUAUCAAGAGUAUCCCACAGGUCAACCCAGCGGCGUCAGAUGGCAAGUCAGUUUUCUUACGAGCAUUUAAAGAGCUCCUAGAUGACUACUACCCCACGCCGAUACCCCCACGACCACAGUCCCUGCCGCCUCCUACGGUCGCCUCUCCUGAGCUCACCCUCGGCAGCAUGGUCCGUGUCGACGGCCUCGAGGGCAGAGUAGGACGAGUUAGUAGUAUCCAUACUGACCCUAAAGUGCUUGCUAUGGAUGAGGACUGUGAUUCCGAUUCUGCUGGGGUGCAAACUGAUGGUGGAGAUGUCUAUCACGACGCCAACGAGCUGCCUACUUCUGAGGUGCUCCCAUCACAACGUGUCGAGGCUCUGGAGACUUCCUCUUCUACUACUGCGGAUUCGGAGCCUAUAGCGUUGGAGAACGGACCGCUGUACCAGCAUGACAGUCACGAAUUUCUGCGUUUUAUCUUGGACCGUCUCGAAUCUGCUACUGGUGACCUCCUACGUCGAACCGAUGGACUGGAGGGGCCGAUUGAUUACGAUUCGGCCAUCAACUCUCGAUUGUUCGGGGCGUGGUAUGCGACUUUAACGCAGUGCCCGAAGUGCCCGAAGCAAACCUAUGUUAGUGAGCCAUAUUUGGAUUUAUCAAUAGAUCUGCUACCUGAAGUCACCUCUUCACUAGAAGAUUGUUUGAGACUGUUCACGGCGCCCACGAGGCUCGAUAAGGACAACAAGCUUUUGUGCGAGUGCUGUCACAACAGGGUCCGAGCUGCCCGUCGAAUACUAUUUUAUGACACCCCGAUGGUCUUAGUGAUACACCUAAAGAGAUUCGACAUGAAUAUGAUGAAGAACAAACAGACGGUGUCAUUCCCUGCAAAACUGAAUUUAAGACCCUACUGCGUGUCGUCCUCUCCCCAUGGUGCUCUGGCUGAGCAGUACAAGCUCAUAGGAGUAGUUACUCAUCUCACGAGUCGUGUUCAUGCCACACUACAAAGUGGUCAUUACGUUUCCUAUGUGCGCGAUGGUAGCGAUAUGUGGUGGCGUUGUGAUGACGAAACGAUAACACCAGCGAGUGAAGGGGAAGUUUUGGCCACAGAAGCUUAUCUGCUGUUCUAUACGUUGCCUAUGGAGUAUCUAGGGAAGCGACUAGCAUUGCAAGAGGAAGAUUCUCGACGAGCCGUGAUGAUCGCUGAGGAACAAGCUAAUAGCAGCUCUACGAAUGGAAGUGAUGUGCCUGACAAUGAAAUAACCGCAAGUCAGAUGAGCUGUGGUGGAACGAGUAGCAUCUCUGCUAGUAAUGAGGCUUCUGAAAUUGAGAGCACUGAUAAAUCGGGGCCGCCUGUGACGAAGAAGAAAAUAGGAGUUAAUGAGAAAUGCCCUUGUGGAAGCGGUCUUAAGUAUAAGAAAUGCCACGGAGCGAAGCGAUGAUGAUAUUACUGUUCACUUGAAGUG